AUGUGGAUCCAGGUUCGUACUAUAGACGGGAAGGAGACGCGAACCGUUGAGGAUCUUUCUAGAUUGACCAAAAUUGAGUCUUUACGGUUGAAAAUCCAGGACAUCUUCAAUGUAAACCCACAACAACAGCGGCUGUUUUACCGAGGGAAGCAGAUGGAAGAUGGUCAGACACUGUUUGACUACAAUGUGGGUCUCAAUGACAUCGUCCAGCUUCUGAUUCGCUCACAGACCGACGCCCCCGACAGCCCCGAUGGCAAGGAGGACUCGUCAGGCCUCGCCCCUUCAGCCGCCCCCUCUGACUGCAGGUCCGAAAGCAACAGCAUCUCAGCGUCUGUUUCCCCUGUUGCUAUGGAAACCAAUGUAGACAAUGACAGCAGUGUCACUACCAGCACUAUUAAUGAAGCCAAACCGGACACCAGCGCUCCCAGUAACCCAAGCAGUACCAAAAACGGAUUCAAGUCCUCCAGUCCGCCACGGGACUCCCAACCACCCACAUCUAGCAGAAACACACUCGUUGACCCAGGAAUUGGGUUUUACAAGAUUAACGAGCUGGUGGACUGCAGAGACGUGAGCAUCGGCGGCUGGUUUGAGGCCUGCAUUGAAAAUGUAACGCGUGCUCCCAAAGGACAGAUAACCCCCACCAAGGGCAAAGUGGGCCGGCCCCCAAAAAGGACUAAUGGAAAGCUGGAGGCCGAGCAGGGACAGGCCCACGAGCAGGGCCAAAGCACAGACAGUAACAGGAAUAAUGUUGUUUUCAACUCGGACAGUAAUGGAGCCUCCACCUCUCAGACAGACUGUGCAGCAGCAACAGAGACCAAGGAGAGAGAAGAGGAUGUGAUUUACCAUAUUAAAUAUGAAGAUUACCCAGAAAAUGGUGUGGUUGAAAUGCGACCAUAUGACGUGCGGCCGCGUGCUCGGACCCUUCUGCGGUGGGACCAGCUUCAGGUGGGCAUGCUUAUCAUGGUCAACUACAACAUGGAGACGCCAGAGGAGAGGGGCUUCUGGUUCGAUGCCGAGGUUCAGAGCCUCAACCAAGCGUCCCGCACCAACAAGGAGCUCAGAGUCAAGAUCCUCCUGGGGGGUCCCGGAGAUACUAUCGGGGAUUGUAAAGUUCAGUUUCUGGAUGAAAUCUACCAGGUGGAGAAACCAGGGGCUCGUGCACUAUCGGCUGCAGAUGGCCAGUUUAAACGUAAGAGCGGCCCUGAAUGUAAACACUGCAAGGCCGACCCUGACGCCGAGUGUCGCUUUUGCUCGUGCUGCGUGUGCGGCGGGAAGCAGGACGCUCAUAUGCAGCUGCUGUGCGACGAAUGCAACAUGGCGUUCCACAUCUACUGCCUCAACCCGCCGCUGUCCACCAUCCCUGACGACGAAGAUUGGUACUGUCCUACCUGUAAGAAUGACACCAGCGAGGUGGUAAAGGCAGGAGAGAAACUCAAAACCAGCAAGAAGAAGGCCAAGAUGCCCUCGGCAACAACAGAGAGUCAGAGGGACUGGGGAAAGGGUAUGGCCUGUGUGGGGCGCACCAAGGAGUGCACAAUUGUUCCCUCAAACCACUACGGACCGAUACCUGGUGUUCCCGUGGGAACCACCUGGAAAUUCAGAGUUCAGGUGAGCGAGGCCGGUGUUCACAGACCUCAUGUCGGUGGGAUCCACGGGCGCAGUAAUGAUGGCUCCUACUCGCUGGUUUUGGCCGGAGGCUUUGAAGAUGAAGUGGACCGAGGAGAUGAGUUCACUUACACAGGCAGUGGGGGUCGUGACCUUUCAGGAAACAAAAGAAUUGGCGAGCACUCCUUUGACCAGACCCUCACACACAUGAACAGGGCGUUGGCCUUAAACUGUGACGCUCCUCUGAAUGACAAAGAUGGGGCGGAGUCCAAGAACUGGCGAGCAGGGAAACCGGUGCGAGUGGUACGCAGCUCCAAGGGCCGACGUAUCAGUAAAUAUGCUCCAGAGGAGGGAAACCGCUAUGACGGUAUUUACAAGGUGGUCAAGUACUGGCCGGAGAUUGGGAAGUGUGGUUACCUGGUGUGGCGGUACCUGUUGAGACGUGACGAUAUGGAACCAGCUCCGUGGACCCCUGAAGGUCUGGAGAGGAUCAAGAAACUGGGCCUCGCUGUUCAGUACCCACCAGGAUACUUGGCAGCCAUGGCCAACAAGAGUAAGAAGGAGGCCAACACCAGACCUGCACGCGCUGGACGGGGUAAGCACAGUCCUGGACGGGGCCGUCCACGGAGACAUCGCAAGUUCAAGGACAGAGAGGAGGAAGACGAGGACGACGAGGAGGAGCAGCUGAUGGCCAAUAUGGAAGAGGAGGAAGAGGAGCCACAGAGUAACGGAGAAUCAACCAAGGAUAAUGAGUCAGCCCCUGCAGAGGAGCCUCCCUCUAAGCGGGUGAAGUUGGAAGAGGCCUUCGAGUUGUCUGAGCAGCAGCAGCAGUUGAUCCAAGAAGACACAGCCAACAAGAAACUGUGGGAUGAAGCCAUGGAACACCUCAGAGAGGGACCGAAUUUCCUGCGUAAGAUGGAACAGAUCUUCAUGUGCGUGUGCUGCCAGGAGCUGGCCUUCCAACCCAUCACCACCGCCUGCUCACACAACGUCUGCAAGACUUGUCUCCAGCGGUCGUUCCGAGCGAAGGUGUACACCUGCCCCGCCUGCCGCCACGACUUGGGCAAAGACUACGCCAUGACCCAAAACAAGACGCUUCAGAUGCUGCUCGACCAGUUCUUUCCUGGAUACAGCAAGGGCCGAUGAGGUCACAAACACAUUUAUUAGUAGAAAAAUGUACAUAACACGCACACAAGCAUCCAUUCUGUGCACCCUCGUGUACCGUCAAGUACGUAGAGCUCCACUUUAAAGCCCACAGGCAAGUGUACAUAUACAAUACAUAUACAGCCAUUUAUGUAUACAAUCAUUCAUACACAAACAACCUCAGUAGGGACUGACCUCAUCCGUUGAACUUGGACCAUCUCCGUUAACAUCACCAGCCUGAAAUUCAACCAAGGACAUUUAGGACUUCCCUAGUUCUGCCCAACAAACGCACACGAACAUAAAUGCACAAAAGUUACACAAAAAAACGUCCCUCAAGACAUUUGGCCAUUUUUUUUUUUUAGUUUGUGCCUCGUCUGUUUUGUCUGAAACAAACUGACAAACGGUGCAUCGUUCCAGUCUAAAUUCCCUUGUCUGGCCGUACCGUGAAAUUAACCAUGUUUAAUAAGAUUCCUGCCAACCUGUAUGCAUUUUGUGUACCAUGUGUGGAGUUUCAUAACAAAAUACCUGUGAGCUGCUUCAUGCAUGUACGUAUACAGUGCUGUCAUUUCAUCCCUCAACUGGCUAAUGGUGCGACACAAACUGAAGCCUAGUCUGAUACCAUCCUAUGCAUAAUAGUUAAUGUGUGCAAGUAGGUCCAGACAUUCACUGGGUUAAAAAAUGACUGUGUAUUUAUAUAUCAACCGAAGCACAACGUGUUUAUAGCCCUGAAGCACUUAUUUAGAGACCAGCGAGACAUGUGACAUAUGAAAGAUGAAAGAAAUGCUUUGUAGUUUAUUUAGCAUCACAUGCUAAUAUCCUGCUAUUUACUUACGUCUCUUGGAAUCAAAGGUAUGUACGUUGCGGUCAGCAGUCGUUGCAACCCAUUGUGGUUCCACCCAAUGAUGGUGUUCAGUUCAAAUGCAGUGAAAACACGGAAAAAACAUGAAAGUGGUAACUGUGUGUUCCAGUUACGUAGAAACACCUCCUUGGUCUCGUGUAUUAGUCACCUUCACAUCUUCCUUCCAUUGUAAUACCUACUUAGAUUACACACAAAUAAAUAAUGUCAGUGUGUCCAGAGGAAGACACUUUAUAGGCAAUAUUCUGUGAAAGUUUUAUUAAAGGGCUCAUAUUUCUCUAAACCCACUUUUAUUAG